AUGUCUUGGACGGGUAUAAAAAAGGCUAUUAAUAGAGCUGGUGCUCAAGUAAUGUUAAAGACUGGGCAUAUCGAGGAAACAAUCGAUAAGGACUAUGAAUUUGAAGAGAAGCGUUUCAAGUAUAUGGAGUCUACAUCUACCAAGUUACAGAAAGAACUCAAGCAUUAUCUAGACUCAUUAAGGAUAUUAACAAAUGCUCAAGUCAAUGUGAGUGAAGUAUUGAGUGAGUUCUAUGGGUCUAAUAAGAAUGAGGACAAAGAGUACAAAAGUAUAAGUCAAGAAUAUUAUGGCGUAAUGAAACUUCUAAAUGACCAUACCGUGGGCGAGUUAGAACAGCCAUUCAACCAAACUGUGCUUAAUCCUAUAGCGAGAUUUAAUUCCUACUAUAUUGAGAUCAAUGAGGCCAUAAAGAAGAGAAACCACAAGAAACUCGAUUAUGAUGCCAUGAAGAACAAGGUGCGGAAGCUUAUUGAAAAACCAGGAGAAGAUCCUCUGUACGAGGCCAAAUUGAGUCAAUCUCAAAGCCAAUUGACCCAAUUGGAGACUUCUUAUGAAACUAUAAAUGAUCAAUUAAAAGAUGAGUUGCCAAAAUUGAUUGAUCUUCGAAUUCCUUUCUUAGACCCAUCGUUUGAAUCAUUUGUAAAGUUGCAAUUGAGGUUUUUCAACGAAAAUUACAAUCAUUUGAAUAACUUGCAAGUAAAGUUGGAUGCUCAAACGAGACAAGAUUACAUCAACGGUACUCUAGAUGAGAAAAUUGAUGAUGUACUCAUCAAAAUGAGGGAAUUAAACAUAACUGGGACAAUUUAA